GCAGCCCCGACUGGAUUAGAGUAGGAGAAGUUUCCCUAGAGGUCACACCCAGAGGAAACAAUGGGAAGAGCCUUGCUCAACUUUACAGGGUGCAAUUACCCAAGAGCUUGGGAGCCAGUCUGGGGCUUAGGUAAACACUCCUGUUGGCAGGGAGCUGAGCACUCACCAGAAGGAGCUUGGAGGAAGGGGCUGAAGGAUCCCUGAGGGUCCGGGACACAGAGCUGGGGCUUUGGGGAGUACCCCCCUCCCAGCAUAUAAGAUUCCAGUCAGCUUGCAGACAACAGGGAUGCUUUGGGAGACCAUGAGCCUCAUCUGUAAUGACCAGGAGUAGCAGAUUCAGAACCAGUAACGACAGAGUUGAGGACUGCACAUUCUGGUCACUGUCCGAGUCCUCAGGUAGGUAGGAGUGACCUGAACUUUGGGACAGGGAGGAUGAGAGAGCAAGGAGGCUGCCAGCCAUUGAGACCACUGAUCUGGGAGUCCAGGGGCUGGCCUGCGUGACCUCAAGUGCCUUUCUUCUGCUGUCCAUUGCCCCGAGACUGAUACCUAGUCCUCUGGCUUCCUAGACCCAGCAGGAGAAGCAAGGGCCUUCUUGGAUGUGCCUGUGGUCCUCAUCAGGCUCCAACCAUUCCUCACUGAUGUUCCCAGGACUUGGGCUGACUCAUUGGACAGACUCUUACUAUUAGCUGUGGACAUUGCAGGCUGCAGUCACAGAGCUUGGGAGUUGUGUGGGUCCAAACCGUACACCUUUAAUCUCUGUACAGUGGUUUCUUGGAAACUGAAGCCCAGAGGAGGGCCCUCCCUCUGCCAGGAAGCAGGAAGAGAUGGGAUGUUGACCUCUUAUCCCUAUAUUCAGGGCCCUCCCCUCAAGCGAGUUAGUCCCACAGCUGCUCCGCUGUCUCCACCCAUUCUUCCUGCAUGGCCCUCCUCACACACAGCCUUCUGGCCUUGCUCUUGGUUCAGAAGCUAGUCCAAACAGGCCUCUCCCACAUUCCCUGGCUGCUCACCAGCCUGCAGGAGCCGAGACAACCUUAACUUCAGGGACUGUGAGGGCCGAGCAGAGGCUGCUCAAUGGAGCCACCACCGAGUGAAGGGGGACCCUCUGGCUUCCAGAUGUUAAGCCUUCUGGGGAAUACAACUGUGAGCUGGAUCACAGGCAUCGCGCUGGCUAUCUUGAUGUUGCUGCUGCUGCUGGCCAUCUGUCUUUUCCACAGAUCAGAAGAGCAUGACGUGGAGAGAAAUGGAGUCCUGCAAAUCAGGCCUCGACUCUUCCAGCGCCGGCGCCGGGGUUUCCUGGGAGGCUUUCACCAUCACCACCAUCGUCGUGGCCACAUGACUGGGGUAACCAGUGCAGGUUUUCAUCACCACCACCAGCACCAUCACCGUUCUCCCCACCACCACCACCACCACCACCAUGCUCAUGGAGCCCGCCACUGAGGCCAAUGGAUGGUAUCUACCUGGCCCUGCCCGCCAUCCAGCACCAAAGGAGUGGAGCCUGAUGUGCCCACAGAAAAGGACUUGUCUCUGGAGUGGAUGGGGGUUCUGGGACCUGAGUCCUGCUUCGGUUUCAUUUGUCUAUGAGGCCCUCUCCCACUGUGCAACCGAGACCCGAGAACCACGUGGGUAGCCCUAUCCACCGCAGGGCUUGGGCUUGGAGCAGGGCUGCCUGGCUGCCCUACCCUGUGACUGCAAUUCCUGGCGACCACGGAAGUUACCAGAGCGUCCGAUGGACCCAGUCAGUGCCCGGGUGGAUAUGAGGUGCUCAUCUGACUGGGAGGCCCUGUGAUGCCCUGCCAGGUGCAGAAUGUGUACAGGGCAGCCCGGACCAUUCAUUGUUGCUUGGUUAUAAGAAAUAAAAGCCGUCAGAAAGUG